GAAAUUUCGUUUCUUUCGGAGCUUUUUUUUCCUCCUCCUCCUCCUCCUCCUUCUCCCGCUGUGUUCUCUGCCGCAUUUGCAUAUGGAAGAAGUGAAUCGCGUCGCGCUUCGAACGGAGCAGUAAUCUCCUUUCUUCGGGGAAUUUGGGCUUUCGAGUUCAAUGUUCCUGGAUUGUCGCGCAUGCAGAGCUGUUCUUUGAUGAUCUCCCCUCCUAUCUCGAGAUUUCUGCUCUUUCUUCUUGUGCGAUUCUGUUGCUGCUGGGAAUGCGUGAGCGGAUGAGUGCGGUUCUGAUUGCUGGCUUCCCGAGGCAUUCAGACAAAUGGCGGCAAUUUCUUUGCAUGCAGCUGUUACGAUCAUUUAUAGCUCUUCCCGAAUUUUGAUGUCGAGUGCUUUGCCGAUGUUAGUUGAUUGUUGAAGCUCUUUUGCUGUGGACCGGCACGUUUGGGCGAUGGCGCGUUUUAUUUUUAAUUUUGUGUUAUUUUGACUCAUCAAUUUGUUUCUUUGUUUUUUGGGGUUUAAGUCGAUUAUUUCUGUCAGAGGAGAGUUGUUUCUGAUUUCUGCUUUCUUAUUGUUGGAUGUGUCACUCGACAACAACUCCAAGCUAUUCUAUGUUUCUUUGUCGAUCAGCUUUAAGUUUCUUGGGACACCUGUGGCUGGAGUAGGGAGUGAUGAUACUUUCAUGUGUUGAGCUUGCAGGUUUCCUGGUUUACAUCUGAGUUUUGUCGGCUUUAGGUCUGUUGUCAGCAGAGUUAUGACUCUACUAUUGGGUUGACUUGGUGAGGCUAGAUUGGCUUGUUUAAUGGGGAUUCAAACAAUGGCUUCAGAAGGUGGCGGCGGCGGCAGUAAUAAUGGAAAAUCCACUGAUGUUCAGCCAUUGACUCGGCAGAAUUCAAUAUACAGUCUCACACUUGAUGAGGUCCAAAACCAGUUAGGUGAUUUAGGGAAGCCAUUGAGCAGCAUGAACCUGGACGAGCUGUUGAAGAAUGUCUGGACAGCUGAGGCCAGUCAGUCAAUGUUUAUGGAUGUUGAGGGCACCGCUGUGGGUAAUCAAAAUGCUCUCCCCCAUCAGGGAAGCCUUUCAUUAACUGGUGCAUUGAGCAAGAAGACGGUUGAUGAGGUAUGGAGAGAUAUACAGCAUGAUAAGAACAGAGGAGAAAAUAAAUCAAAGGAACGACAACCCACUUUAGGAGAAAUGACCUUGGAGGACUUCUUAGUAAAAGCAGGUGUUGUCGUUGAGUCAUCUUCGGAUAAAAGGAGCAUAGAUAAUAUUGGCAGAGUCGACCCCAUCAUCACACCGCAGGUUCCUCCUCAAGGACAGUGGAUGCAGUACCCACAACCUCAGUUUGCUCACCCACAGCAAAACAUUAUGGGUAUUUACAUGCCAGCUCAGACUAUGCCGCAGCCUCUGCAAAUGGGAGCUGGUUCAAUGAUGGACCUUCCAUAUCCUGAUAACCAGCUUGCUUUACCUUCACCAUUGAUUGGAACAUUGUCAGAUUCACAGACAAGUGGUAGGAAAAGAGGCACUCAUGAAGAAGUAAUAGAUAAGAGUGUUGACAGGAGGCAAAAGCGCAUGAUAAAAAAUCGGGAAUCUGCGGCUCGUUCACGAGCGAGGAAGCAGGCUUACACAAGUGAACUGGAGAACAAAGUUUCGCGGCUAGAAGAGGAAAAUGAAAGGCUGAGGAAACGAAAGGAGUUGGAGAAGAUGUUGCCAUGUGCACCUCCUCCCGAACCAAAGUAUCGGCUGCGAAGAACAACAUCAGCCCCAUUUUGACACUGCUUCCGUACUCUGUAUGUGAAGGUUCUGUAGAUAUAACGAUGCCUUCAUUGUUGGUUGUUUUGGUUUAGCUGAGGAAAAUAGAAAUUAAACCGAAGCCCGUCGAGCUGCGCAUUUCAGGUGCUUUCUAAUAACAUAGAAUUAAACCAAAGCCCGUCAAGUCGCGCAUUUCAGGUGCUUUCUGAUAUUUGUCCGAGCCUUCAAAAUUUUGCUCUUAUUUAAUUUGCUUCCUAGUGUAUCAGUGGGAUCAUUGUACUGUUUGUGGUUCUUUUAGUUGUGUAUCGCUGUGAGAAUUGUGAUUCUUAAGCAGUUUUGUAAGUAUUUGUAUCCUGUCAUUCUUGCCAUUAAGCUCUUGAUAUCUUUGGUUGAGCUUUUUCUCC